GUAAGGUAAUAGUCAAGGUAGAGGCGGUAGUCAAGGUAACGGUUUCCAGAGGCCACCCUCCCCAGGAAGGUGGGGGCUGGCCAUAACCGAGGUGUCAUGUCAGUGAAAAUGUCGUCCCACUUUAGAGUUUUUGAUUUGACUUCAUUAUGUUUUGCCGCAACGCAUGCUGGAAAUCUCCACGGAGCAACAUCUUCCGAUUCAGACGGAGGGAAGAGGCGCUGAGUGACAGAAACCAUGGCAACAUAACGAUGAACAAUUGAAGAUCCCAACAACCUUCUGGAACGUCGCUAGCGUGAGGAGGCUGCUUCCGCUUGGGGGCGGGCGGCCAUUAGCGGCGUGAUGAAGUCCAACAGACACUCCCCGCUGACGGGCGGACCACUCGAGCGUGACAUCACAGACAUUAGCUGUGUGUGUGAAUCAGUGACAGCACAGAACCAAGCGUGGUGACAGGACGACCACACCCAGCCCAACUUCCUGUGUGCUGGCGGGGACGGGCGCUACAGGCCACAAACACCCUGUUGUCGAGCCUGAUUGGAGACCCUGAGAUGGACGCGGAGACCCUGAGAUGGACGCGGAGACCCUGAGAUGGACACGUAGACCCUGAGAUGGACGCGGAGACCCUGAGAUGGACGCGUAGACCCUGAGAUGGACACCUAGACCCUGAGAUGGACACCUAGACCCUGAGAUGGACGUGGAGAGGGACAAAGUAAAACGACAAGUCACAGCUUCCUGCACCCGCUCGCCAUCUUGGCUCGGUGUAGAGAGUCACGCCGCCCCCCAGUGGACGGGAGGGUAAGGCCCCUCCAGAUGACGCAAAGACCGUGACUUUCGCCUCCUGUCCCCUCGUCAUCUCCACAUCCUUCCUCUCAUCUCCCGAUGCCUCGCUGUGGUCGGAGGGGAGACAGCCACGCUCAGCAGACAGGAUGACAAACCCGCCCACAGUCAACCAGUCCAACACCGACAAGCACAACAAGGUGAAAGAUGAAACCCGGCAAGAUGACAACACGGAGACCGGCUACAAAGACGCCGGCCACUGCAGCCGCAACACCCACAACCUGCUGCUGGGACUCACCGUCAUGGGUGUGGUCAUGGGAGCGGUGUUCGGGAUGCUGCUGCGCUACAUGAAGGUGGUGGACAACGCCGCCCUCACCAUGGUCUCCUUCCCGGGGGAGAUCCUCAUGAGGAUGCUGAAGAUGCUCAUCCUCCCUCUCAUCAUCUCCAGCCUGAUCACAGGACUGGCGGGUCUGGAUGCUCGCGCCAGUGGCAGGAUGGGCAGCAGAGCCAUGGUGUACUACAUGUCCACCACCAUCAUCGCCGCCAUCCUGGGGGUCAUCCUGGUACUAAGUAUCCACCCCGGAAACCCCAAACUGAGGGGGCGCAAUGCGGCCACGGCCACCAAGAACCAGGAAGUCAGCAGCCUGGACGCCUUCCUGGACCUGAUCCGAAACCUCUUCCCUGAGAACUUGGUGCAAGCGUGUUUCCAGCAGGUCCAGACGGUACUCAAACAGGUGUCGGUGGCGGCCCCCAACCAAACGGAGCCCAUUGUAGUGAACAGGAAGAAGCUGGAGUAUAAAUGGGGCAUGAACGUUCUCGGCUUGAUUGGCUUCUUCAUCACCUUUGGGAUCUGCAUGGGCAGGAUGGGCGAGCGUGGGAAAGUCAUGUGCGACUUCUUCAACAUCCUCAACGAGAUCAUCAUGACGAUGGUCUCCAUGAUCAUGUGGUACUCUCCCGUGGGCAUCGCCUCCCUGAUUGCGGGGAAGAUUGCGGCCAUCGGUGACCUGGAGGUGGUGGCCAGGCAGCUGGGCAUGUACAUGGUGACCGUCAUCGUGGGCCUGGUCAUCCACGGGGGCUUGAUCCUCCCCGCCAUCUUCUUCGGCAUCACCCGGAAAAGCCCCUUCACCUUCUACUCUGGAAUCUUCCAGGCUUGGAUCACGGCGCUGGGCACUGCCAGCAGCGCCGGGACCCUGCCGGUCACUUUCCGCUGCCUGGAGGAGAACCUCAAAGUCGACAAGCGCGUCACCCGCUUCGUGCUGCCCAUCGGCGCCACCAUCAACAUGGACGGCACUGCGCUGUACGAGGCCGUGGCGGCCAUCUUUAUCGCCCAGAUGAAUGACAUCACGCUGGACGGCGGGCAGAUCGUCACCGUCAGUAUGACCGCCACUCUGGCCAGUGUGGGAGCGGCCAGCAUUCCCAGCGCCGGACUGGUCACCAUGCUGCUGAUCCUGACGGCGGUCGGCCUUCCCACGCAGGACAUCAGUCUGCUCAUCGCCGUCGACUGGCUGCUCGACAGAAUGCGCACCUCCAUCAACGUGGUGGGCGACUCGUUCGGCGCCGGCAUCGUGGACCACUUGUCCAAAGCAGAGCUCCGCGAAAUCGACGCGGCCGAAAUGCAAAUGCUCCCGAUGGAGGAGGAGCUGGAUUUCAUCCCGCCGCCGCCGAUCCUCACCGAGAUGGAUCUGGUGGACCCGCUCAGGCCGCCCGAGCUUCCCCCCCGCUCCCCCCGCCCCCCCAAACAAAACCACCACGGCCCCGUCCUCUCCCAGUCCCACUCCAUCACGUACUCGCCGUCCCGCUCUGUCCGCUCUCCUUCGCCGCACUCCAUCCGCUCCCCUUCCCCGCGCUCCGUCUGCUCUCAUUCCCCGCGACCUUUCCGCACCCACUCGCCUCACCUCCUCCGCAGGACGGAGCCGGGCUACUGCGCCCUGCCCAGCCAUGACAACCAGAUUCCCGCCCUGCCUCGCUGCUACCGGGACCGGGAACGUGAGCGGCUGCACCGAGAGAGCGAGACGGAGGAAGAGGAGGAGCGGGUCCUCGGAGAAGUCAGCGACGGGGAGGAAAGCGACGACACGGCCUACGACCGGCGACACGCCAUCCCGCCCUGCGACCUGCCAUGAGGCAGCGGCCCCACUAGGGGGCCUCGCUGCCAUUCCGUCUCCUUAAUUGGCUCCCUUUGGGAACGUUUGAUUGUAGAGUUUAAAUGUUAAAGAAUAUUAAACUAUUUCCUCUCCCACCGUCUUGAUUCAUCAUUCAGGAAACAAACACGGCUGACUUUCUUUCACUCCGAUCACGGCGGCUCGGACUCCACGCACCAUUUGGACCACUUUGGACGUGACAAGGACUUGCACCUUGACUUUUGUCAUGACUUGAGACUUGCUCCCACUUUUUCCCCUGCAAACCCGCCCCCAUCGUCCUUCCACCAAUCAGAAGUCUCUCCCUGAGGAGCGGCAACCAUGUUGCUUUGUGUCGUGUUCGCCGUCUGACACGACGACGACGAGUUGCUGUUUUCAUGUCCUCCUUUAUCCUGUCCAUCUGUAAACUCACCUCCCGUGUCCCGCUCCGUUCCUUUCAUUUCCACUCAACGUUGACAGCGGACACGCCCCCCCGCCCCCGCCAUCGCCCCCAAUGUAGCGUGGUAUGUACUCUAUGUAAUAAAAAG